AUGAGUAUGACAAAGACUAAUUACACUGUGACUGAAUUUGUGUUCCUGGGACUUUCAUCUCAGCCAGAGACACAGCUCAUUCUUUUUAUUAUGUUUCUUUUCUUUUAUUUAUUAACAAUCAUUGGGAAUAUUGUUAUUAUUACUGUGAUUCAGAUAGAACCUCGUCUCCAAACACCUAUGUACUUCUUCCUCAUGAAUUUAUCCUUCCUGGAUAUCUGCUAUACCUCCACCAAUGUCCCGCAAAUGCUAUCCAAUAUGGUGGGGAAAAUGAAGACCAUCCCAUUUGCCAGUUGUGCCACUCAGAUGUUUUUCUCCCUCUCUUUUGGAAUGAUUGAAUGUGUUCUCCUGGGUGUCAUGGCUUAUGACAGAUAUGUGGCCAUUUGUCAUCCUCUUCAUUAUACUGUCAUUAUGAACCACAAUACCUGUGUUCAACUGGCCGCUAUUUCUUGGGUCAGUAGCUUCCUGAGUUCCAUGGUUAUCAAUGUUCUCACCUUAACUUUACCUUACUGUGGACCCAAUGUCCUUGAUCACUUUUUCUGUGAGGUCCCCUCUGUCUUGAGGUUGGCCUGCACAGAUACGUCAUUCACUGAGAUGGUUGUUUUUAUCUUUAGUGUCAUCAUUGUCUUCAUACCGUUUCUUCUCAUCGCUGUGUCCUAUGCCCGGAUUCUCCUAUCGGUUCUCAGGAUGCAGUCAUCCUCUGGGAGGUACAAAGCAUUGUCCACCUGUGCCUCUCAUCUGACAGUAGUGGCUUUGUUCUAUGGAACUGCAAUCUUUAUGUAUAUGAGACCUCAGUCAAAGUCCUCCAGGGCUGGCGGUAAAAUCAUUGCAGUGUUCUACACUGUAAUCACACCCAUGCUCAACCCCAUGAUCUACAGCCUAAGGAAUCAGGAUGUAAAAUUAGCUAUCAAGAGAGCUAUUGAAAAACAGAGGUCAUAG